AAAACGAAAAAGGAACCCCCAAGCGGACCUACUUACCCAAAUCUCAGCGCUCAAAAGUUUGGAAUUCAAAAGGAUAAAACUUGAUAUAGACACGCGGCCUCAGUCCAGCCAGCCACUGCCUCACGCCAUACUCGUACUCUGUAAGAAGAUGUUGCCCAACAACCUCCAAACUCGAUACCCAUUUACUCCACACCUUCACCAUGGCUUCUCUGAUCUUCCCAUUUGCAAUUUCCCUCCAACAAACCCGCCUCUCUCCUCUCAAACCCUCUCUCCAAACCCAAGUCCCCCUCUUGCCCGGAACUUUCACGCCCAAGCCGCUGGCGGGUAAGUGUCGAGCGUCCUUCUUCGGAGAUAUCUCCGAUAAUCUCCUCGAUAACCUGGAUGCCCCUCUUAGAGUUGAUCAGCUUCCGGUUUUGCAAUCUGGGUAUGUUCAGUUUCAACGAUUCUCUGGGGAAUUGAGCGAUUUGCAGAAAUGGGGUUUCGUUGUUUUUGCUGGGUUCAUUUGGGUUUAUCUCACUGCUCGACCUGGAAUUCUCGUUGGUGCCAUUGAUGCGUAUCUUCUGGCUCCUCUGCAGCUGGGGCUGGAUAGUUUGUUGGGAAGAAGAAGCUUGAAGUGCUCUGACUUUGUGAUUGGGGGGAAAUUGGGAGAGGGUUCGUUUGGAGUUGUUUAUGCGGGUGCUUUUCUUCCGAAGAAUGUGAAGAAUGAAGAACAAACAAGCAGAGCCUUGGAUGGUAAGGAGAAGGUGAUUCUUAAAAAGAUUAAGUUGAGAGUUAAAGGAGCUGAAGAGUUUGGGGAAUAUGAAGAGUGGUUUAACUACAGACUUUCAAGAGCAGCACCUGAAACAUGCGCUGACUUUCUUGGUAGUUUUGUAGCUAGUAGAGAAACCAAGCAAUUCUCUGCAGGAGGAAAAUGGCUUGUUUGGAAAUUUGAGGGAGAUCAGACUCUUGGGGAUUACAUGAAAGAUAGAAGCUUCCCGGUAAACUUGGAAUCUUUAAUGUUUGGGCGUGUCUUACAAAGCAUGAACUCGGUUGAAAGAAAUGCAUUGAUAAUCAAGCAAAUACUGCGACAAAUCAUUACAUCAUUGAAGAAGAUUCAUGAUACGGGCAUUGUUCACAGGGAUGUAAAGCCAGCAAACUUAGUAGUAACCAAGAAAGGUCAGAUAAAGAUCAUAGAUUUCGGGGCAGCCACCGACCUUCGAAUUGGGAAGAACUAUGUACCAAAUCUUGCUUUGCUGGAUCCUGAUUAUUGUCCCCCUGAGCUUUAUGUGAUGCCUGAAGAAACACCUAGCCCUCCUCCAGCCCCCAUUGCAGCACUCCUUUCUCCUAUACUCUGGCAGCUGAACAGCCCUGAUUUGUUCGACAUGUAUUCUGCUGGCAUUGUGCUGAUGCAAAUGGCAGUACCAAACUUGAGGAGUAGUGCUGGGUUGAAGAAUUUCAAUAUGGAAAUUAAGAACUAUGGAUAUGAUUUGAAUAAAUGGAGGGAGAAAACAAGAGCAAAGCCCGAUUUAACUAUACUCGAUCUCGACUCAGGGAGAGGGUGGGAUCUCGCAACGAAGCUUGUUACAGAGAGAAGGGGGCGUUUAUCGGCUUCCGCUGCACUGAGGCACCCUUAUUUCUUGUUGGGGAGUGAUCAGGCAGCUGCAGUUAUUUCAAAACUAAACUUAGUCAAAAAAUGAGAUUGUAGGAGGGAAUGUAAGUAGAAAUUUAUAGUUCAUUUUUCAUCUUCAUAUGGUUAUUUUUAUUAAAUUACAUGGGACAAUGAUGGUCCCUUAGGAAGACAAAUUUUAAAGCAAAAAUAUCAAUGUAAAAAGCUAUUUGAAUUACAAUUUUAUUCAGUAGGAAUAAUCGAGCACUUGACUUACAUUUUUCUUCUA